AUGUUAGAGCAGUUGCUAAUUUUUACUAGAGGAGGUUUGAUUCUAUGGACUUGUAAAGAGCUAGGAAAUGCGUUAAAAGGAUCGCCAAUAGAUACUUUGAUACGAUCUUGUCUAUUGGAGGAACGAUCCGGUGCAGCAUCGUAUAAUUACGAUGCGCCUGGUGCCUCAUACACGCUUAAAUGGACGUUCCAUAACGAGCUUGGUCUCGUUUUUGUCGCUGUGUAUCAGCGAAUUCUCCAUUUGUUGUAUGUGGAUGAGUUGUUGGCUAUGGUGAAGCGUGAGUUUUCGGAGAUUUAUGAUCCGAAACGUGUGGAGUAUGAUUUUGAUGACACUUUUAGGCAGCUUAGGAAGGAAGCAGAGGCGAGGGCGGAGGAGUUGAGGAAAGUGAAGCCGGUGGGGAAGGGUGUGAAUGAUGGGAGGAAGCAGGUGGUGAAAAGGGGUAGUGGGUUUGAUGGAGGGAAUAAAGAAAAUAAGAGUGAGGGGAAUGAGGGUGGUGAUGGGGGUGAUGAGAAAGGGAGGAAAUUGGAGAGUGGACGCUCCAAUGGGAAUUACAAUGUUGUUGAAGGAAAUAGAGGGAUGGGUCUUGCUAAUGGUAAAGAAAAUGCGAGUUCCAACAAUGGGGCUUUUGAUGUUUCUAAACUUCAAAAGCUGAAAAGUAAAGGUGGGAAAAAAACUAAUGAUACUGGUGUUGUUAGCAAGGGUUCCAAAGUGGACCCAAAGAAAAAGGUAACAAAGAAGAAUAGAGUUUGGGACGAUUCACCUAAAGAGGCAAAAUUGGAUUUUACGGAUCCUAUGGAGGAGAAUGGGAUUGAGAAUAUUGAAGUUGUGGCAGCUGAUCAAGGUGAGAGCAUGAUGGACAAAGAAGAGAUUGUUAGCAGCGACAGCGAAGAUGAGGAAGAUGAGGAAGUCGGGAAGGACAGCAAACCUGAUGCUAAGAAGAAGGGAUGGUUUUCAUCUAUGUUCCAGAGUAUUGCUGGUAAGGCAAACUUGGAGAAGGCAGACCUGGAGCCAGCAUUGAAAGCUCUCAAGGAUAGGCUCAUGACCAAGAAUGUGGCUGAGGAGAUAGCUGAGAAGCUUUGUGAAUCAGUUGCAGCUAGUCUUGAAGGUAAAAAGCUGGCAUCUUUUACAAGGAUAUCUUCAACAGUGCAGGCAGCUAUGGAAGAAGCACUUGUUCGUAUUUUAACUCCUAGGCGGUCUAUUGACAUAUUAAGGGAUGUACAUGCUGCAAAAGAACAGAGGAAACCAUAUGUUGUUGUUUUUGUUGGUGUCAAUGGGGUGGGAAAGUCUACAAAUCUGGCUAAGGUUGCAUACUGGCUUCUGCAACAUAAAGUCAGUGUUAUGAUGGCUGCUUGUGAUACAUUUAGGUCGGGAGCUGUUGAGCAGCUGAGGACUCAUGCACGUAGACUUCAGAUCCCUAUAUUUGAAAAGGGUUAUGAGAAAGAUCCAGCGGUUGUAGCUAAGGAAGCAAUUCAGGAGGCCACACGCAAUGGUUCUGAAGUCGUUCUUGUUGAUACUGCUGGUCGAAUGCAGGACAAUGAACCAUUAAUGAGAGCUCUCUCAAAGCUAAUUUACCUCAACAAUCCUGAUCUGGUCUUGUUUGUUGGAGAGGCCUUGGUUGGAAAUGAUGCUGUUGAUCAGCUAUCGAAGUUCAAUCAGAAAUUAGCCGACCUAUCCACUUCUCCCAAUCCUAGGUUAAUUGAUGGGAUUUUGCUCACCAAGUUUGACACAAUCGAUGAUAAGGUCGGAGCUGCAUUGUCGAUGGUUUACAUCUCUGGUUCACCGGUCAUGUUUGUUGGCUGUGGUCAAUCUUACACAGAUCUGAAGAAGUUGAAUGUGAAAGCUAUUGUCAAGACACUCCUUAAAUGA